AUGGAAGAGCCAACGGCCGAGCCCGUGUUAAUGGAUGUGGACAAGGGCCUGACGCUGGCUUGUUUUGUCUUCCUGUGCCUCUUCCUCGUGGUGAUGAUCAUCCGCUGCGCCAAGGUCAUCAUGGACCCGUACAGUGCCAUCCCCACCUCCACCUGGGAAGAACAGCACCUGGACGACUGA